GUUAAAUUCAUCAAAAUUUUCCAAUUCAGGAGUACCAAGAUGCAUUAGAAUAGAUGCUGGAACAGAAAAUGGUCACAUUGAAGACAUGCAGAAGGCUUUUCGUUGGAAUGAUGAUGAUGCUAUGGCUGGAGAUAAAAGUGUGAUCAUUGGAAGUUCCACAUCAAACCAGAGAAUAGAGCGAUGGUGGAGAUCACUUCGUCAAUUGGGUGUUGGAUAUUGGAUAGACUUUUUCAAAGAUUUAGAGAUGCAGGGAUAUUUCACAUGUGGAAACCCCAUGCAUAUAGAAUGUUUAAGAUUUUGCUUUAUGGCCAUAUUACAAAGGGAUUCGGAUCACAUCAGAAAAGAUUGGAAUACUCACAAUAUCAGACAUCAAUCAAAAAAUGUUGUAGAAUGUCCCUCAGGAAAGCCAGAUAUCAUGUUCUUCAAUCCAGAGCUUUAUGAUGCUGUUGAUUACAAGUUUCCAGUAGAAAUAGAUGACAUAGAAGCAAUGAAAAAUUUCUGUGAAUUACCCAACAAGUUUGGAUGUAGAGAGGAUACCCUAGCUCAUUUAAUGGACCUUAUGAGACAAGGAGGAAAAUCAAUACCUUGUGAAACAGAGGAAGCUGUUGAAUUGUUUUUAUGGAUUCUUCAGCAAUUACGUGCUUAAGUUGAAAACCACCAACUUAUUUAUGAUAUUACAUUGUAUAAAUUGUGUAUGCCAUGAUGAACAUUAACUUUUGCGGGUGACUAGUGACACAUAUUUUUUCAAUGUAUACCUGUAUGUACCCGGUAUCUGUGAUGUUCCUAAAUAUUUAAGAGAAAAGUAAACACUGGAUCAGAAAUGCAAGCAUUAGCACUGCACUGUGAUAAAAAUGACAAAUAACAGAAGACAAAAACUGAGUAUAUAAUUUUCACAUUUAUUUUGCAUAUAUAGUUCAUAAUGAAAAAAUUAAAAUCACCUGAAUUUAUCUGUU